GCUGCUCAACACAGUUAACGACCGGGUCCAGUCGAGCUCUUUAGAAGAUCCACGAGUGUCACCGUCCGUCAGCGGUUUCGUGAAGAUGUCCUCCACACUGCUCUUAAUAGUGCUGAUAAACAUGAUGGGAUUUGUCGAACUUAUAUCAGUCACGACUCCCAAAAACCCAGUGAAUGUAACAAAGGGUGAAAGCGUCACGCUCCAGUGUACUUUUACCACCACCGCUGUAAACACCACCGGCCUUACCAUCCAGUGGAAUUUUGUUUCAACGUCCUCCAUCCAUCCACAGAUCUAUUACUACCAGUCAGGAGCAGAUGUGAUUGCAAACGGCUAUGAAGGCCGACUUCAUCCUCCCUCCAAUCCCAAAACAACCAGGAAUGCCUCAAUAUCGAUAAGCAAUAUGCAAAUAUCGGAUGCUGGGAUCUACACCUGUGAGGUUCACAAUUUCCCUGACGUUGACGGACGAUCCGAGGGCAAUAUCAUUGUUAACGUUUUUCAAAAGCCUUCUGUGCCUUAUUGUAAUGCCCGGGGUGAUCUGGAAAUUGGACACCGUGUCACUCUGACCUGUCACAGUGAAGAGGGCAGCCCUACCCCCAUAUACACCUGGACCAGACUGGAUCAGAUGAAGGCAAGGAAGCCUGUACUCGGAAGAACUACCACAACUGGAAGACUGGAAUUCGGAAACAUCUCCCAGUUUGAGUUCGGAGAGUACCAGUGCAAGGCUACAAAUGUAGUGGGAUUCACCACAUGCACUCUGGAGCUGAGCCCUGAAGUGGAUGACGGAGUCAUCACUGGUGCCGUCAUCGGUGCAUUGCUUGGGUGUGCUCUGAUCAUCCUAGCUGUGUGGUUCAUCGCGCACACGCUGAAGAAGCAAAAAUACAAAGCGGUCAAGACAGCAGAGGCUAGCGAGAUGAAGAGGAGCACUCAUCAGCCCCCUGCGACUUCAGAAGGGGUUCCUAUGGCAACUACACCGGGCCACCUACAAGCUGAAGUAGAUGAGGCACAAGCUUAAUAAAAGCCUGUCAAAAAAGCCCAUCUAUUUAAAGAGCGGCAACGUCACAGGCUGAAUAACACUCC